CCAUUCUAUUUUCUGGUAUGACAAUAAUUUCUAUAAAGGAUAAAGUUGUAUGUAGAUUUCUAUUGGCAAGUUUUUUUCUACCCAAUUGGGGAAUGUGUAUUUUUUCACAAUAAUAGUUCAUUUCCAAGUUUAAGGGUCCUCUUCAUGUUAAAAUACUUCUAAAUUUGUUCAGGGACAUGUUGGAAUUUAAGAUCAGCAUCAGGUUUCACUGAAGUCCAACAGACCUGUCGAUGUGUUUGUAUCAACUGUGCAUGUGCCUUCUCACCUGUGCCAGAUGAGCAUGCAUUAUUUACCAGAUAUACCAAAAGGUUUGGUGAAGACAGCUUGCAAACCACUGUUAAAACAGGGAUUUCAAGUAAUCUAUGAGUCACAUGACCUUUGUUGCAUUGCAUGUAUGUCCCAAAAGGUGCUUCAAACGAUGCAUUCAUAACUAUAGCUAGGGUUCUUUAAUUUUUUCUUUUCUCCUCAUUUCGAGUGGUUCUGUUCCAUAACACUUAUCAAAUCUCUUGCACAGCAGUAAAAACAAUGUUCUCCUUUACUCCUAUCCUUCUUUUCCAUUCUCUGGUGAACCCUAAGUACUGUGUUUGUAAUACUGUAAAUGUAGGUUGGCAUAGCAAUAGUUAUGACAUCACAAACGGAACAUAACUUCACUGCAAGAUUCACUAGAAGAGCGUGGUCUGGAGAAGGAAGAAGUCCUUUUUUAAAAAAAUUCAAUCAUGAGCAAAUGUAGCAAAAAACAGCAUGCCAGAAUUAACAUAAGCCAAUUUAGUAAUUGACUAUGCUGACUGGGAAUUAUGGGAGUCAAAAGACCAGCACAUCUGGAGUUUGGCUGCGUUAGAUGCUACAUUUGACUUGUAACAUGUGGAGACAGAUGACCAUGGAAACAGGUGAAUCACAAGAUGGCAAUGCAACAGAUUCUGUUGCAGAGAGUGAUUCUGCUAAUAUACAGUCUCCACUUGGCCAAAAUCAGAUCUCCACUAUAGCUCAAGUUUCUGUAGCGGGAUCAACAACUGGAAGAGGAUCUCCCUCUGUAACUGUAGUGCAGUUCCCUUCUGGUCAAACUGUCCAUGUACAGGGAGUGAUUCAAGCCACCCAACCUUCAGUUAUUCAGUCACCACAGUUGCAGUCUGUCCAGGUAGUGUCAGCUACGAGUACAGAUGAAUCUACAGAAUCAGAGGUGGUAAUAGAUUCUCAGAAGCGGAGGGAGAUACUUUCAAGGAGACCUUCAUAUCGAAAAAUUCUGAAUGAGCUUUCUUCUGAUGCACCUGGUGUGGCUAAGAUUGAAGAAGGAAAGCCAGAGGAAGAAGGAGCACCCUCUGGAAUCCCUGCCAUGGCUGUGCCAACCAGCCUUUAUCAGACUAGCACCGGGCAGUACAUUGCUAUAGCCCAAGGUGGAGCAAUCCAGAUCUCUAAUCCAGCAUCUGAUGGUGUUCAAGGAUUACAAACAUUAACUAUGACAAAUUCAGGAGCUCCUCAACCUGGUGCUACAAUUGUGCAAUAUGCAGCUCAAACACCUGAUGGCACGCAACAGUUCUUUGUACCUGGGAGUCAAGUUGUUGUCCAAGCUGCUACAGGUGACAUGCCAACUUACCAGAUCCGAACUCCAACCACAGCCUUACCUCAAGGAGUCGUCAUGGCAGCUUCCCCAGGAACAUUGCACAGCCCGCAGCAGCUAGCAGAAGAAGCAACACGUAAAAGAGAGCUAAGGCUUAUGAAAAAUAGGGAAGCUGCAAAAGAAUGUCGACGAAGGAAGAAAGAAUACGUGAAAUGUCUGGAGAGUCGUGUUGCAAUGUUAGAAGUUCAGAACAAGAAACUUAUAGAAGAGCUAGAAACUUUAAAAGACAUUUGCUCUUCCAAGACAGACUAGUGUCAAUACUGAAACUGUGAACUGGCUACAGCAUGUACAAAUGCUUCUGCAGGCAAUGUCUAGUCAACAAGAAUUAUGACUUUUCCUUUAUAUCAUUUGUCUUCUACUCCAGCCUCUAACAUUCCUGAAACACUUUGCUGCAUUUUGUAGAUUCUUAAAUGAAACUUCAGCUGUCUUUUUCUCAACCAGAAAGAGUCAAAUGUUUAAGAACACAAUGUGUGUUCCAUGUUUUCAAAGGAAGCAUGUGUAAGAGCUGCUCCUCUACGCAGUAUUUGCAUUAUUUUCAUUAUAUUAGCAUCCCACUUGCACCACUAUUUUAAAGUGAUCAAAGAUAAUGCAUCUAACACAAUAAAAUGAAAACCACCCAAAGUAUCUCAGGAAAAAGUUAUAUAAAGAUGUGCGUUGCUAUGACGUACGUGUAUUAGAAUACUAGUUUACAAAUGAAUUUAUGGCAUAUUUUUAUAUUCAUCGCUUUGUGAAGAAAGUAUUGUAUUGCUGUCACUGAGUGCCAUGGUUGAAACUAGUUUUUAAAUAGAACCAUGUUGGUUAAACUUUGUAGUGUUUGGUAUUUAUUUAAACAUCCCAUCUUUUUUAAAAAUAAAACUAAUGGCAUAUGCUGUGAAAUAUUUUAUUAGACACACUUACUGUCUUUUAUAUUUCACAAAUAUACUCCAGAAUUGUAGCUAACACUGAUCUUAAAAAUACACAUUUCAGAUUUUUCACACAGCUUCUACAAGCACUGUCAACAAGCACUACUUGAUGGUAUUUGUUCUAGGAUUUUUACUGAACACUCUCAUGAGUAGUUACAAUCACUCAGAACCUUAUCUGCAGAAUAAUUAAAAUUCAGAUAAUAAUUGAAAAUUAAAAGGACUGAAAUCUGAUAACCCUCAAAUCUCAAAGAUUUUUGUGUUUUCAUGUGAAGUGAGAAUAUGCAAAUAUUGAUAUCUUCAUGUGAGAUUGCAUGAAAUCAUGAGGAAAUCAUUCAAAUUCCAUGAUGUGUGUUAAUCUUGUGAAAUUUUAUUUUGUCACAUGUACUCCCCCCUUCCUUUUUUUUUUUUUUUUUUUUAGCAGUUGAGCUGAAAAAGUUCCAGCAGUACAGUUUGACUUAUAUCUUUCUUGGCCUUUUAUUUUUUCUUUUUCUCAUAGGCUGCAGUGUCUAAUAUGCAUGAUUCCCAUACCCAACAGGAGCUUCUUUUCUCCAGAAACCAUUGCACUGUCUGUAUGUGUGAAGGGCAUCUUUGGGGCUGUGGCUGGGAAAAGAAGUGGCUAAGCAUUCUCUUUAUGUCAAAAUCCUGAUGAAAACAGGACUUCUGAUGCUUAUUUUUUGUUUUAGAAAGUAAGCAUAGCUUCACACUAUCAUUUAAUGCAAUAUAUAUUUGACCAAAAAGUUUUCUUGAUGUGGAGCAAUGGUACAGAAUCUGUGCUGACAUUAAGCAUGGUUGUUAUGAAUGAUUAUAAGGAAGGAUAUCCUGUUUGGUGAUGCAGUAAUACUUCCUUUUACCAUGAUGUCAUCAUUGGGUAGUGCUUAACCCUUGUAGUCAGAGCAACUACAGUAAAUCUGCCAACAAAUCUACCUGAUGGAUCUUCAUUGGGAAUACUCGAACAGAUAACAGGCCUAUUCUAAAAUGACAAACUAUAUUGAAAUUCAUUCUUUCUUUAAUAGUACAGUAAAUAACAAAUGCUGACCCUUCAUUUAUAUGUGACAUCAUGACAGAAGAAAUGUUUCUGUGGCUCUAGGCAGUCUCUGUUUUCUUUUCAGUGGUAAAUAGAAUGUGUGUGUGUGUAUGUGAGAGAGAGAGAGAGAGAGAGAGAGAAUAAUGUGUUUAUGAAUAUAUAAGGCAGGUCCUAAAGAGCUAGCUCAAUGGGAAGAACAAGAUCCAUGCCAUCAACAUGUAUGCCCUGCCAGUCAUCAGAUA